CGACCCGAACCCUGGAGAAGCGGACGAUGAUGGAUGGAUGGAUGUUAAAGAUCUGCAGUAAGGUGGAAUUUUCCCGUUCCACCUUAAACGGUGCAACUUCAGGCACCCGCUCACUCAGACCUGGCGAACCCGGAAAGCUCCGGGAGGAAAAUGUGCCCCGAGCGAGACGCUUCGGCUCUGAGCGGCUUUAUUCCGCCCUGGGAGCGACAGCGUUUCAACACCCAUUCAUUCCGGCAGCAGAACAGCGAGCUCUGCGCUGGAGCCGCUCUAACGGGCACAACUCGGACGGCAGGGACCUGCUUACGGUUGCUAAGCAACGGCGGAGGGGGCAGGGCUAAUUGUGACGUCACAGUCAUUUAAAGUCUUUUCUUUCCGUUAAUUGUGACAUCACAGCUAUUUAAAGUCUUGUCUCUCCGUUACUGGGUCAUCACGCAUUUGGUCAUUACUUCAGAGAAGUUGUUUAAACGGAAUCUCUUUGAAGCACAAAACUUGGUCUUCAUCUCCAUCAGAUCAGAGUGUUUCAGUCAUGAAGGCGACGCUGCUGGUGCUGCUGUUGUCUGCCGUGGCUGGGAUGCUUACCUGUGACCAUCAGCACUCCGAGCAGGAAGCUGGUCCAGGCUGUCCUCUGGGCAAAAGGCUGGCGUUUGACCGAAACACCACGCUUGAGGAGAGCAAACGCCUAAAUAAUGAAUAUUUUGAUUGCCCGAACCCAGAACCUGGCGCGCCCUGCUUCUACUACGGUCACGUUUUCUACCCCUUCUUUGUCAUUGAGGACACUGUCGUAGGAGAGUCUGACAGGUUCCAUGACAGCUACACGUUUAAAGUAGUCGGAGGAGGGCGUACGAGAGAAAGCGUGCGCAAUUACAGUCAGGAGGAGAUCCUGAAGUUUAACAGCCUCCGUGACAGUGAGAGCUAUCAGCAGACGCUUGUGUGGACGUUUGAUGACGUUCCGGACUCGUUCCCGCUGACUAAAGAGGGCUUCAUAGUCAUGCGCGGCGCUUCCAACAGGGUCAGAUGGCUGUGUCAGAGGAACUCUCCCUGUGGUGAUCUGACUCCUGUAAAUCACCUGGAUCCUGAAUUUUACUUCGUUGUUGAGGUCUCCAACAUGGAAACUGCUGGCAGCCCAUUCUGCGAGUACACUGUACGCUUUGAGCUGCAUGUUCAUGGGUUUCCUCUGGAUCCAGUGAGGGCGCUGUUCUUCCAUCAGAUGACCAUGACAUUCGUUCAGACCAUCCUGAUUUGUUAUAUUGGUCAUUGCUGGAGGCUGAAAAGAAAGACCGUCUACACCAAGACACGGGACGGCCUUGACGAGCAAGAGGGUCAUGAGCAGUUUAAUGCUGGUGAUGUGGGAGUGAAAGUUGGGUGUACUCUGCGUUCCUGCUUUCUGCAGCUUUACCACAUCAUCUACAGUAUCGUCCAGAACCCCGUGUUGGAUCAUGUCAUCCUGCUGGUGGUGCUGCUCGAUACGAGCACGCUGAUGGCCCACACCUUCCAGAGCGUCACUGUUACGACAAGUUGGUGUCUGUCAGCAGUGAACAGCUGCUUGCUCGUAUUUUACGUGCUGGAGGCUUUGUUCAAGAUCCUGAUCCAGGGACGUACAUACUUCAGGAACCCCUGGAAUGAUUUGGAUUUCUUCAUCGUGCUAAUGAGUCUGUUGGACUUUGUGCUGUCACUGGUGCAGUCCGGAGGAGGAUUUAGCAGUAGACAGGCCUCAACUCUCUUCCGGGUGCUCAAGACCUUGAAAGGAGCCCGAGUAUUCAGAGCAUUACGUCUUCUGAAAGCCAUCCGCUUCUUCAAGGGUCUCCAGGCCAUCCUGUUAACCUGCCUUCAGUCUUUCCGGUCCAUGAGCUCCAUCUUGGUCCUCAUGUUCCUGUUCCUGUUUAUUUUUGCCGUUGUUUUCCGGGAGAUGUUUAAUGAGUCGGACCCGGAACACUUCGGAAGCAUAUUCAGGACCAUCUUCACCCUCUUCCAAAUCCUUACGCUGGAUGACUGGUCCCUGAUCUACAUGACCAGCAGAGAUAACGGAGCACCUCACAUCAUUUAUUUCAUGUCUCUGUACAUCUUGGUGGAGCUCUUCACAUUCUUGAAUCUCUUCAUUGCCGUGCUAGUGGACAACUUCCAGCUGAGCAUCUGCAAAAAGAGGCACCACAAGAGUCAAAAGUCCCCAGAUGUGAAGGAGGGUGAAGCUCAGUCCACCAAGAAGGCAGUAGAAGACCUGGACGUGAGCCGGACUGAGAUAGAGGAGGAAUUCUACAAGGAAGCUCUCAGGCACGCUUCUAGUGAUGGCAAACACAGCAAAAGGAAGAUCGAAUUGACGAAGAGGUAUCUGCAGCUGCUAGCCGCCAUGGACCAGCACAUGCAGAAAUACCGAUCGCAAGCGUGUUUGCUGGACAAUCUUGUGGAGACCUUCUUUAUGGACCAGGAUGAAGAGACCAGAAGCGAUGCCGUUGAGUGAAAUCCGACGUGCAGGCCUCCAGCUUUGACCAGAGGAGGAUGGGUCCCCCCCGAAUGGAAUUCCAGCCCUGAUCUAACACACCUGGUCAGGAAGAUGUGCUCAUCGGGGAGGAGGUGGAUCAUUUGAACGAUGCUUUACUGUUACUGCUCUUCAGUUAAUGAACAGAAACAGUCCUGACAAACACCUCUGGAGUUCUUUGGAGCUUAAGACACAGAGGAAACGUGAUACCCAGCGCUUCUUACUGCUGCCGGACCAGCAACGUCUCUUUAUGAAGGAUUGGCUUUAGUGGAGAAACUGAACUUGGAAGAUUCUUCUCUUCAGCCUCUGUUUAUUGGGUGGCUUUUAAAUGACGAACAACAACAAGCAGAACGAACCGAGCUGAAAACAUCAGCCUCAAAAUCUCAGAUAGUUUAUUUAUUCUCCAGGUAAUGUUUGGACUAUAAUAGUAUAAAGUCAAACUGCACACCACAGUGUGGACGUUUGAAGGAAUAUUUUAUAUUUAUUUUUUAUUUAUAUCUAUUUUUUUCCUUUACUAAUUUGAUAUAUGUAUUUGUGUCUGACCUAAAAUAAUAAAUGAAUUAAAAACUCCA